AUGGCUUCUUAUUACUCCAAUGCAGCAUCACCUGGUCAGGCUGUAAGCGCUGUGCUCACAUAUGGUGGGCAAAGUGUGCAUUUGCCCUGGGUGGCUGUUCCGUAUUACCCAGGUCACAUGGCUAGCCGCCUGUCGAGGCCGGCGACAAAAUCUCGCUUCAUGGCAUCAAAAAUAGAUUGUACAGGCAGGCUUCAAAGACCAGCUCAAGAAAGACUUGCCAAGCUCCCAACUACGAUUCCGGACACAGCAGCAGCUGUUAAGGGCGCCGAUGAGAGAGUCAACUACGUGAAAGAGGGGGGAACAGAGGGUAACAACUCAUGGCAACGAUUCUACAGGGUCAGCUUCGAUGGCGUUAUAAAUAUACCCAGCCACUGCUGGCAGGCUGCGGAAGAGUUGGGCAGCAAUAGUCGUCGAUCAGGCCCCAACACGAUCCCGGCGAUAAGGCUACGAGCCAUUGUUGACUUGCCCGUGCCAACCUUCACUGGAAUUCCGUACAUAUGCUUGCUAGAGCUCGCUACUAUAGAUGGACUUUCUCGAGGAGCUUAUGACGCGUAUCUUUGA